UGCAACCGGUUUAGUGCAAAGUUCGCAAUCGGAGCGAGGAGUGAUGUAUUUUCACAGUCAUGUUUAAUGAAUAUAUUUUUGAACGAAUAUUGGCUAUCAGUAGUUUUUUAUAAAUUAUAGUACACACACUGGUCUAAAAAUGAAAGUAGUUUUGUGCACGUUGUUUGUAAUUUUAAUUACUGGUAUAAGUUGCGAAUUAUUAAAAUUGAAAAAUGGAGAGAUAAAUGGUACCAUUGGGAAGUCGAAAAAUGGCCGUUCGUUUCAUCAAUUUUACAGUAUUCCUUACGCAGAACCUCCUGUAGGACAGUUGAGACUCAAGGCUCCAGUUAAAGCUAAAUCAUGGUCUAAUGUCAGAGAUGCUUCCAAAUCACCACCAAAAUGCACACAACCUUCAAAAAAUGCACCUUCUUCUGUUUCUAACGAUUCACAAGAAGAUUGCCUAUACUUGAAUGUUUUUGUACCUGAGAAUUUAUUCAAGCCCUCUGGUAAAGCUCCUGUGAUGGUAUGGAUUCACGGAGGAGCAUUUUAUACUGGUUUUUCUGGACAAUACAAUCCUGAAUACUUCAUGGAUAAAGAUGUUAUCUUGGUAACAGUUAAUUAUCGACUGGGUGCCCUAGGUUUUUUCGGGUUGAAUAACGAUGUAAUUAGUGGUAAUUUUGGACUGAAAGACCAAGCCUUAGCGUUGCAAUGGGUCAAAGAGAAUAUCGCAGAUUUUGGCGGAGACCCUGAUAAGGUCACGUUGAUGGGAGAAAGCGCUGGCUCAGCGUGUGUACAUUUACACAUGUUCUCUCCACUCAGCAAAGGGCUAUUUCAAAAAACGAUUAUGCAAAGUGGCAGCGGUCUUUCCGAUUGGGCUGCUGCUGCUGAUGGAUCAGGUGAAAGUACUUCCAACGCAUUUUUAGUCCUUUCUGGUUGUUGGCGCAACGAUUCCAUCCGAGUCUUGAAAUGUCUGCAGAGUUUACCAGCGAGCGAUUUUCUUACUUUUGGAAGUCGAUUAUCUCUUCGAAAUACCGAAACUGAGAUGAUAUUUAGACCAAUCGUCGAAUCGAGUGUGAAAAAUAAUCCUUUCUUGCCUCAAAAACCUAGUAAAUCGACUUACCAAACCACUGUACCGUGGAUUUCUGGUAUUAAUUCGGGGGAAGGAGCAUUGGCGUUGACGAGCCUUGUAAAGAAAGGAGGCGCUUUGGAGAAAGUUAUGCAUGUUGAUAGAAAAUGCCUGGAAUCAUUUUUAGCCGGAUAUCUGUUUUCACUAGAUCCUGAAAGAGUUGAAAAUACAGCGCAAGAAAUCAUUAAUUUUUACUUCAAUUCCACAAAUGAUGGAAGAAAUAAUGCGUUGAAAUUUGUUGAUAUUCAUACAGAUUACACAUUCUUAUAUCCUUUCAUAAAGGCUGUUCAAUCAAAUCAGCAACGACAAUACUUGUAUUAUUAUGAUCAUAGGGGAUCAUCUUCUUGGCAAGAUUAUGCCAAAUUGGAUAUAGAUCUUGGCGUUUCGCAUGGAGACGAACUCCCCUUAUUAUUCCGAAAUAAAAUCUUGGAACCGAAACAGAACCCUCAAGAUAAACUGGUAUCAGAAACACUGAUAAAAUUUUGGACUGAAUUUGCAAUUACAGGCGACCCAAAUGGGAAAUCUGUAGAGAAAUUAUGGAAGUUUACGAGUUCUGACGGUGAUAUCGAAUAUUUGCAUAUUCAAAGCAACGGUACAGCAAUGAAGAAACAACUUCUAAGGAAGAGAUACACGUUUUGGGAAUCAUUGUUACAUGCUAAGUAGAAACAGGAAACGAUCAUUGCAGAAAAACGUCAUCGCUUCGAUAGUUAUUUUUUAACGGUCCAAGGGUGAUUUUUUUGGCCAGUCUUAUAGUUUUGAAGAUGAAAAAUUGCCUGAAUAAUGGCUGGACAUCAGAAGAGAGGAAACAUUGUUGUAACUCUUCUUUUCCCCUGCUUUUAGAUUUUUUUUUUACAUUAGGCUCAUAUACCUAAUUAUGCCAUGAUUUGUUUAUUAUUAUUUUUUUUUCAUUCAUUCGUGUCCAAUUUGUCAAGUACAUAUUUUCGAAUAAAAUUUACAGAAGAA